AUGGCGAUCUCUACUUAUAACGCACGUACGCUUGCAUCGGAAGCGGCCAUCGAAGAUCUGAUGAUGCAAGCCAAGAAGAUCAAGUACGACGUCAUCGGACUGACCGAGACGAGACGACGUCACCCUCUCAACGCCGUAUAUGAAACUGGAGAAGAACUGUUCUUAGGAACACGCGACAGUAGGGGUGUUGGUGGAGUUGGCGUCCUCGUCAACACGAGUAUGGCAAAGAACAUCAACUCUUUCGAACAACUUACGACCCGAAUCGGACGUCUGCGGAUGAGAAGAUGUGGUCCAACACCAGCUUUGACUAUCUUCGUCGCUUACUCCCCAACAUCAAGCUACGAAGAAGAGGACGUCGAAGCUUUCUAUAUGGACCUGCGGAAGUUCUACCGAGAAGACCAUGCCUUCUACAAGGUCAUAAUUGGCGAUUUCAGAGGCUUAGUCGUCAUGAUGAACUCGGAGAGCCUCUCCGAGUUCAUCAUGACGACUAAGACCAUCUAUGGGAACUCGCGAUUCCAGAAGCCUUUCUCUCUACGCUGGACGUGGGAAUCACGCGGUGGAGGGUACCGUAAUGAAAUAGACCACAUCAUCGUCAAUAAAAGGUUCUGCCUGACGGGUGUCGUUAUUGUGCCAAAGUUCUAUACGACAUCGGACCAUCGCCUCCUCCGAGGAAGAUUUUCCUUUACAAGGAGAGCAGAGAAAGCCGCCAAGUUCAGAGGGAGAAAUUCCAGGACUAUCAUCAACUGGGAUCUCUUCGCUACGCUAGCCGGCUUUUGGGAAGAUUCCGCAAUGCACAACAUCGACGAGGAAUAUGACCGGCUCGUUGAACACUUUCACUACUGCGUGAAGAAGGCUGAGAGUUUUAAAACCACCAAGAGACGCCUGUCUUUUGAAACUCUUGAGCUGAUACGCCAGCGUGGAGCAGCACGAGCCGCAGGGAAUCAAGACCUCACGUCUGAGCUCGCAAGGCUUUGCAGAGAGGCGAUACUCGCUGGCAAAAUUCCUCCUCUGACGCAUUCUAGUCAAUAG